AUCAAAACGUUUGAGGAAUGAUUCAGUCAGAGUAGACCCCAUUACAGUUAGCUGAUCAUCUCCUUUCUCUCUCCAAAAAAGUCGGCUUCCCCAACAGGAUUCCUUUACGUUUUCAACAGCGAAUCUUUACAAACCAAUUCGUCAGACAGCAGCACGUAACUCGGUUGCUUUCUUUCGAAGUAAUCGCUUUUCAAUUUCAACUUCUGCAGAAACUGUUUUUUCUUUUUCUGCUCUUUUGCCGUUGAAUUGAAUAGUACAAUUUACUAGUUGAUUGGAGCUCGAAUUAGACAAGAUUUUUUCAGGGUUUUUGUGGGUAUGGAUUUUCGCUCUUUCUUAUGCUGCACAGGGGGGCUCGAUCGGAAAGAGAAAGAGAAGAAAGAAUCGACAUGGAGGAUAUUCUCGUUGAAGGAAUUACAUGCUGCUACGAACAACUUUAACUACGACAACAAGCUUGGUGAAGGCGGUUUUGGAAGUGUUUAUUGGGGUCAACUAUGGGACGGAUCUCAAAUUGCAGUGAAAAGGUUAAAGGUUUGGAGCAAUAAAGCCGAAAUGGAAUUUGCUGUUGAGGUUGAAAUACUUGCACGCGUUAGACACAAAAACCUGCUCAGCUUACGUGGCUAUUGCGCCGAAGGUCAAGAACGGUUAAUUGUAUAUGAUUACAUGCCUAAUCUCAGUUUACAAUCUCACCUUCAUGGUCAUAACUCUUCCGAUAGCCUUCUUGAUUGGCCCCGAAGAAUGUCUAUUGCAAUUGGAUCCGCAGAAGGAAUUGUUUAUCUUCACCAUCAUGCAACACCACACAUAAUACAUAGAGAUAUUAAAGCAAGCAACGUGUUACUAGACUCCGAUUUCAAAGCCCAAGUGGCUGAUUUCGGGUUUGCAAAGCUAAUACCCGACGGUGCGACCCACGUAACCACACGGGUCAAGGGAACACUCGGGUACUUAGCCCCAGAAUACGCCAUGUUAGGUAAAGCAUCCGAGAGUUGUGACAUUUACAGUUUCGGGAUUCUUUUACUCGAGCUCGCUAGUGGCAAGAGACCCCUUGAAAAGAUAAAUUCAACCAAACGAUCCAUCACAGAGUGGGCCCUACCAUUGGUUUACGAAAGAAAAUUUAGUGAAAUCGCAGAUCCAAAAUUAAAUGGGAAUUACGUAGAAGAAGAGUUGAAACGGGUUGUUCUUGUUGGGCUCAUAUGUGCACAUAAUCAGCCCGAUAAAAGACCGUCAAUGCUUGAGGUGGUUCAGUUGUUAAAGGGAGAGUUGAAGGAAAAAUUUGCUGCUGUUGAAAACGAUGAGAUGUUCACAACGGGCCAGGCUGCUGACUGUAACGAUGAGGCGUCGGUUGCAGAUGAUAGCUCGAGUUUUAUUUCAGAAGAUAAGGAACGAAUUCAAGAAAUCGAGAAGGCAACAUAGAAGUGUAAAAAUGCUUGUUACUUUAUCUUUUUUUUUUUUUUUUGCAGGUAUGUAUGUUUGUUUAUUAUGGUUAAUUUAUUGAGGGUGUGGUGUGAAAAACUGUGAAUGGUGUUUGCAGAUUUGUGUGAUAUAUAUAUAUAUAUAUUUUUUUUUUU